AAUAAAUUACACCUGCCUCCACUUUUAUAUAUACACUCUGAUUCUUGUAUUUUUUUUUUUUAUCAUCAAUUCAUCAUCGUGAUCAUGGCAAGCGCAAACGAAAAUCAGAAAGCAGCAAAAGAUCCAGAACAUCACGAACCCUCUGCGUCGGCGUCGGCGGCGGCGGCGGCACAACCACCGUCUGAGGAGGAGACUAAGAAAUGGGGCACCCACAUAAUGGGCGCACCGGCGGCUCCGACGGUUCACCCCGACAAUCAGCAAGCGGCGCUAUGGCAGGCACAAACCCCAGCCCAGCAGUAUUACCAGCAUCAACCUUACGUUGUCUAUUCCCCGGUCGAAAAGCCCGCCGACAACCCUUUUGAAUUCCUUGUCAAUACUUUCAAUUCCUGGAAUCACAGAGCUGAAGAUAUGGCCCGCAACGUAUGGCAUAACUUAAAAACAGGGCCGUCGGUAUCUGGAGCAGCAUGGGGUAAAGUAAAUUUGACAGCAAAGGCGAUAACAGAAGGUGGAUUCGAAUCCCUAUUCAGGCAGAUAUUUCCGUGUGAUGCAAACGAGAAGUUGAAGAAGACAUUCGCAUGUUAUCUUUCCACAACAACAGGCCCUGUCGCUGGUACACUCUAUCUAUCCACUGCUCGUUUGGCUUUCUGUAGCGACCGCCCCUUGUCUUUCAAUGCUCCCUCCGGCCAGGUGGCAUGGAGUUACUACAAGGUGGCAAUACCUUCGGGAAACAUAGAGAAUGUGAAUCCAGUUAUGAUGAGACAAAACCCACCGGAGAAUUACAUUCAUAUUAUUACAGUUGACGGUCACGAGUUUUGGUUCAUGGGAUUCGUCAAUUUUGAGAAAGCCUCUCACCAUUUGCUCGAUAGUGUGUCCGAUUUCAGGGCAACACUGAAUGUUCCCGCUACACCCCAUCAUUAGCUAAUAACAAGUGCUGCAUUUGCUUUCUGUUUUAGACGUUUCGAUACAUACAAUAGAUAGAUAUAUACAUGUAAGUGGGUUUAUUUGUAUGAUAUGCAUAUCAUGUGAGCAUCGAGUUGAUUAGUUUGAGCGUGGACGUUUACUAUGUUGUGUUGUAAAAAGUUGAUCUGUGGUUUCUGUUGUAAUAAAACAGUAGCAGUUUAUAUGUAAAACCUAGACUUGACCACAGUUCGGUUCGGUUCCGAGUGGCUGUGGCUCAGCCGUCGGUACGGAGAGUUUGGGUUGUUUCCCGAAUAAUGUAAAUUAUAUUAACUUGAUAGAUAGUUAAUGAGCAUUAUCAUGUUGAGGUUCCAAA